AUGGUUUCGACAGCCUAGAAGGACCAAAAGGAUACUUCCGGGAAGGUGGCGGCUCACGAGUCAGCUCUGGCACAUGCUUCCGCCGGGAGGACCCCGCGGUGACGGGAUGGUAAGUGACCUCUUCUUCUCUGGUGAGGACCUGAGGACAGUGACUCUUUUCUCAACAUGAAGGUCACCCCGGAGGUUAGGAGUCAUGGGAUGAAGUUUGCUGAGGAGCAGCUGCUAAAGCAUGGAUGGACUCCAGGCAAAGGCCUGGGCCGGAAGGAGAAUGGCAUUACCCAGGCCCUCAGGGUGACGCUAAAGCAGGACACUCAUGGGGUGGGACAUGACCCUGCCAAGGAGUUCACAAACCACUGGUGGAAUGAGCUCUUCAACAAAACGGCAGCCAACUUGGUAGUGGAAACUAAGCAGGAUGGAGUACAGAUAAGGCGCCUUUCUAAGGAGACCACCCGCCAUAAUCAUCCCAAGCCCAACAUGCUGUAUCAGAAGUUUGUGAAGACUGCCACACUGACUGCGGAUGGGGAGAAGCCAGACCAGGACUUGGAAAGCUGCAGUGACGACGACAACCAGGAGCCCCAGCCUCCAAAAAUUCUGACUGAUGAGAUGCUGCUCCAAGCCUGUGAGGGUCGAACAGCACACAAGGCUGCCCGUCAUGGAAUUACGAUGAAGGCUAAGCUUGCUCGUUUGGAGGCCCAGGAGCAGGCCUUCCUGGCUCAGCUCAAAGGCCAGGACCCUGGGAUCCCUCAACUGCAGACUGAGAGCAAAGCCCUCAAAAGAAAGAAAAAGAAGCAGAAAGAGGAAGAGGCUACAGCAACUGAAAGGGAUGCAGACAAGGAGUACCCAGAAUAUACUGACCAGAGCAUCAGGAAAAGCAAGAAGAAAAGACAACUUCAAGAUAAGAAAGAGGGGACACCUGUAGGGGAUGAGGAAGCGGUCACAGACACAAGAGGGCUUGGGGAACUAAAGAGCAAAGAACAAACUGAUCCGUCCCCCAGGAAAAGGAAGAAAAAGAAGAGGCGGCGCCAUGAAGAGGAGAAGCGGGGGGUCUUAGGUAAGGAGGAUGUAGGUGGCAUCAGAACAGGGAAGGUAGAGAGCCGAGCACACACUGACGCACGUAGCAGAAGCAAGAGGCAGCAGUGCGAGGAGGAGGAAGACUUGAACAUAGAGGAUAAAGAAGUUGAGGAAGCUGUUGUAGAUGGUGGGACCAGGGAAGCAGAAAGCAGAGUGUGCAGUGGUAAGAAAAGCAGAAGCAAGAAAAGACGGCGGCAUCAGGAGGAGGGUGUCUUGGACAUAAGCGACGGACACAAGGACGGCAGGACUAGGGAAGGAGAGAGCAGAGCACACCCUGGCUCAAGCAGCAGAGGUCAGAAGAGGAGGCAGCAGCAAGCAGAGGAGGAAAGAGCCACAGUCAGCACUGACCAGAGAGCAAAAAAGAAGAAACUGAAGAAGAGAGACUGAAGGUCAGGUGAGGGUGGUCCUCGAUCAGUUUCUUUUCAGGAGUUGUUGAGGCCUCAGAGACCUGAGUUGAUCAGGUCUCCUGCACCCUCCCAGGGAGGAGUCCUUCCCGAGGAGGAACCAGCUCUGGAUACCAGCAUGCUGAGAGGAGAGCAGUAGCACCUGCCUUAGUUGAGGGAAUGGGCUUCUUCCCCUUUGCAGCUCCUAACCCAGAGAUCAUGAACUCAGAUGCCCAUCGGAGCCAGGCAGCCAAGGGACAAGGAGUGCUGGGGGCUGUGGCAGUAGGAAUGCAGGUACCCUUUGAAGGGGCAUCCUUGCUAAAAGAAACUGAAAAGGUUGACUUAUGUGACAUGUCCUGAUUCUUAAAUAUUGUGACGCUAAGGAAAAAACAUACAAAUCUCGUUCUGUGAGCUGGUUUCUAACACUGCCAAAUGAGUCAAUAAACGUCAGCUUGGGCUCCUAGCCUAUCAGUCCUGA